AUGAUCCACAUCAAGGGUGUCCUUGAAGUCACAAAGUUUAAGAACCGCUGCUCUGUAACAUCGUGUUUGUGUCUAUCUGUGUGUCGUGAAAUGUCCAACGUCAAGGAUAACGAGGAUGACGCGGAGGCUUGCAAGUCCGUGGAGAUGGCGAUGAAGAAGUGCCCGAACGGAAUGCUGGCCGAGGUGAAGUACGAUGGGGAGCGAGUUCAGGUGCACAAGAAGGGGAACGAGUUUCGAUAUUUCAGUAGAUCAUUGAAACCGGUGCUUCCUCACAAAGUGAACCUGUUCAAGAAUUACAUUCCAGAAGCUUUCCCGGACGGCGACGAUCUGAUUCUGGACUCGGAGAUCCUCAUGAUCGACACCACGACGGGACAGCCGUUGCCCUUUGGUACUUUGGGUGUUCACAAGAGCAAAUACGAGCCGGGUAAACGACAUUGGUUGAAGGUAAAGAAGGAUUAUUUAUACGAUGGUGCAAUGGCCGAUAGCGCAGAUCUCGUUGUGCUUGGCGCAUGGUACGGCACCGGUAACAAAGGUCUGUACUCUGUGUAUCGUGCACACCGGUCACGACGACGCGACUUUAGCGAUGCUUCAGGACCAGCUCGAUAUGGUAAAGAUAGGCAAAGAUCCGAGCAAAGUACCGUCCUGGUUGUGCGCCAACAAACCGAUGGUGCCCGACUUCGUUGCAAGAGAUCCAAAGAGACAGCCAGUGUGGGAAAUAACGGGCGCCGAAUUUACCAAUCAAGGCGUUCACACGGCUGAUGGUAUCAGCAUCAGGUUCCCGCGGGUAACGCGCAUCCGCCAGGAUAAGGAUUGGUCCACCGCCACCAGUUUGAACAGCCUGCGUUGCCUUUUCAAGCGGAGUUCCGAGUCGAUAGAUCUCGGGCUUCUCUUGCCUUCGAGCUCAGUUGGCAAGAGAGAGUGCGACGACGAGCAGGAACCCAGCGCCAAGCCGAGCCUCGAGACGAAAUCAAAGUCUCCGUCGAAGAGAAACGACGGUUCCAAGUCGGUCAAGAGGAAUUCUUCUCCGAGCAAAUUGUUUGGAAAGUCAAAAGACAGUAAAGAGAGUCUACCUGGCGAAGAGCACGCAGAAUUUUAUACUUUCGUAAAUGGCGAUAGUACACCGGCGCGGGGAUUCCACUGAACUGGAUCGAAGGACGAAAACCGAGGGACGGGCUCCCGUCGGAUGCAAAACCGUUGUCCAGUCUGACAAUCAACGAGCUGGAGUUCGAGGACGUGGCGAAGAUGGCGCGACACGUGAACGUCUCCUGGCUCGAGGAGACCGCCUCCACCUCGCAAGUUCAGCCGACGGAGCAACACGCCGUACAACUGACUGCCGAUUACUGCUCUUGUCUGCAUCCAUGA